AAACACGGUCAUGCCAACACCGCUCUCUGUGCAGGCUGUCCUGAUAUGGACCGUCUCGACGUUGCCGUUUUGCUUCGCUGGCUUGCUGAUACCCGAUCAACACCGCCCUAUCAAGCCACUCCACCUCCCGCCUCUGAUUCAGGACGUCGCAGAAGCUAGCACUUUCCCGCUUUUUCCCGCCUGGAAUGAGCCUUUCAUCCGGCAACCGGCUGCAACGGAAUGCCUACUUAAUCCACGUCUGCACCGGCUCGACUUGGGGCACGUCACCGCAUCAAACACGGUCAUGCCAACACCGCUCUCUGUGCAGGUCGCAACCUUCGUGGCACGCAACGUCUAUCCACUACGACGUUCGCAAGCAGCGCCGAAUUGCAGCCAACAGUUCGUGCGAAUCCGCAAUGCGAAAACGUCGACGCAGCGCCGCCACGAGGAGGAAGGACGCGCUCGACGUUUUUCGAGGCGGGCGAAAGCGUCCGGCGUAGGAAGAAGAGGAGGAAGAAGACGAAAAAGGACGAACCUCGCCAUGGAGCAGCGUUCUUCUGGAACUCCGUCGAAGACCGCGGAAGGUGCGUUGGCCCACCGAAAAUCGAGACACAGUCGUCGCACCGGUUCGCCUGCCGGAAAAGCCUCGAAGCCGAAAAAGCACCGGGAACCGGCUCGGCAACCGGCUGCGCUCGACGCAAGUCGGCCCACCCAGCGCGCACCCGCCGCCCAAGACAGCCCCGCGGACACCCACCCGAGUCCUUCGCCCAAGCGUAGCGAUUCCAUUGGCAGCAACUCGCUGGCUCGCAUGAAAGACCUGGCCCUGAUUGGCCGGGAAGACCAGCGUCGCCCCUCCGAGUCGUCAUGGCGGCGUGCGAAGGUGGCGGGGCUGUCGUGCGCCCGCACCGCGACUCCACUCUGUUACUUUUGUGUGGCGCUGGUCGGUGCCGGCGUGCUCACCGCCUUAAUCCUCGGCUCGAAAGCGACGCUCAAGGCCCGUCAGAUGGCCUUCCAGUACAAAGGCUGCACGACCAGAGGCUGCCAGGAGCACUUGGAGCGCCUGUCCAACACCCUCAACAAGAGCGUAGACCCGUGCAGGGACCCGAUGGCCUACGUGUGCGACAAAGUGCGCUGGCGGAGCGAGAUCGUAACGGACGCGCUCACCGACUCGCUGGUGCGCUGGUGCGAGCUCGGCGCCACCUUCCUCGAAAAGCAGCGAAGACCAUCGCCUGCGUCGGCGCUGUACCAGGGUUGCGUCUCUCGGAAGGGCCACACCUACGACCGCCUCGAAGAGGUUCUGUCGUUCCUCAGGGACCGCGGACUGCACUGGCCCCAACGGGUGACAGGCGUGGGCGCCACCAAGCACGCCCUGAACGUCAUCCUCGACCUCCUCAUCAACUGGGGCGUGCCCUUCUGGCUCGAGAUAAGCCUGAAACAACUGCCCGGCGACACCAGGUACAGCCUACACAUGGCCUACAGCGAGGUCAGCGUCCACCGUGCCAAGUGGCUCAACUACUCCAAAGCCUACGGCAAGCGGCUAGAAUACGUGCGUUCCAUGUACAGACUGUACGGGGCCGGAGACACGCCGCUGGCCCAGUUGCGGGACCUGGUGGCCGACGAGGACGCGUGGGUUCGCGCCGUCACCGAUGGCAUCGCGAGCUCCAACCGCGUCAUCAUGAAGCUGCGGUUAGCCCACCUCGACCAGCUCACUCCGAACGUGAGCAGCCACCGCUGGCUUGACUACCUGAAUGAACACCUGCGUCCGCACCGCCUCUCACCGGACGACAAACUGCUGCUCGUCGACAAGAUUGUGAGCACCGUGACCAACAACCUCUUCGAGAGGUUCAGCAACGCAGCCAUCCUGGAGCAGGUCGCGUGGCGCUUCAUCGAGGACUACUCGUACGCCAACUCGUACGCCGCCGCCGUCGCCACGUUCGGCAACAAAGAAGCCGUGGCUCGCUUCAGGCCCCGCAACUGCUACUCGCUCACCGAGAGCCGCUUCCAGAAGUGGCUUUUCGUGUGGAGGGUCGGUGAACAGCUGCAGCCGCCCUUCCUGAGCACUGUCAAUGCCAUUUUCGAAGACUUGCGCAACACCACCCAGCGGCUGCUCUCCGACGCGGCGCCUUGGAUAGAUCCGGCCGCCCGAAUCGAGGCGGUGGCCAUAUCGCAGCGGUUGCACCUGGAACCGUUCUGGUCGCUGUUCGGUGCCGAGGGAUUCAAACCGAUGCUGCCGCCCAGCGCCAUCCACAAGUACCUGAACGCCUUCCCGACGCAAUUUUCAUCGCCACUGAAAGGCUGGAUGCAGGCUGCCGACCUGCACCGCCGCACGUUCCCCGGCUGGCCCCUCAACGACUCGCUGCUGCACCGCCACGGCGAGUACUCGUUCCCGGUGCAGUACGACUACUGGUGGAACUCGGUGUUCCUGCACCUGGCCGUGGCGGCGCCGCCCAUGUUCUACACGGACGCGCCCGCUUCAGUCAACUACGCUGCCUUCGGCACGGCCGUCGCCAGGCAGCUGGUCAGGGGCUUCGACCCGCAGAAGGGCUCGUUCCUGGACUCCAACAGAACCGUGAGGAGCUGGAUGUCGAGAGCAACGCGCGAAGAGCUGCAGAAGAAGAUCUUGUGUGCUGGCGGCAGAUCCUCCGUGCUCAUGGACGUGGCCGCCGCCCAGGUCGCGUACCGGGCCUUUCAGCAACACCGAGCGGCCGAGCCUAGACGCUACGCCGUGAGCAAGGACAUCUCGCUGACGCCGGACAUGCUCUUCUUCGUGACUCUCUGCCGCAGCCUGUGCGGCCGGGGUGAACUGUGUCCCAAGGUGCUGAGCAACAUGGCUGCGUUUAGCCGCGCGUUCUCCUGUAAACCCGAUGCGCCCAUGAACCGCGCCGACAAGUGCUCCUUCUUUGAGCAGGCGUGAUAUCUUGCCAAAUAUAUAACAGUGGUUGCCGAGUUCCUUCAAGAGACACCAUUCGCUUGUAUGCCCAUA